CUGCCUCUCUCCGCCGAGCCGGGGUAUCAGCCGUGGGACUCCCGCCGCUAGGUGAUCUGUCUGUUCUCAGGGCUCCCGAGCCGGGGCAUGCCCCCGCCAUGGUCGACCUAAAUGGCGGCUGGAACCUGUCAUUCGCCGGGUGCGGGUUUCUGGGAAUUUACCAUAUUGGAGUUGCCAGCUGCCUGCAGGAGAAAGCGCCCUACCUCAUCCAAGGGGCCACCAAGUUGUACGGGGCUUCAGCCGGUGCUCUGACCGCCUCGGUGCUCGCCAGCCAGGCGUCCUUAAUUAAAUGUUGUGAAGAUGUGAUCGAGGUGGCAAAAGAGGCCAGGAAGAGGAACCUUGGCCCCCUUCACCCCACCUUCAAUCUGGUCAAGGUGAUAAGGUCUGGCCUGAAUCGUGACCUGCCCUCUGAUGCACAUGUCCUGGCCUCGGGGCAGCUGUGUGUUUCGCUGACCAGAGUGUCUGACGGGGAAAACGUGCUUGUGUCAGAGUUUAACACCAAAGAGGAACUCAUCCAGGCACUGAUCUGUAGCUGUUUCAUUCCCAUCUACUGCGGGCUGAUUCCUCCGUCUUUCAGAGGAGUGCGUUACGUGGAUGGCGGAAUCAGUGACAACCUGCCGCAGUCGAAGCUGAAGAACACCAUCACCAUCUCUCCCUUCUCUGGCGAGUGUGACAUCUGUCCCCGCGACAAAUCCACCAGCUUCCACGAGCUGCGCUUCACCAACACCAGCAUCCAGAUGAACCUGGGCAACAUGUACCGCCUCAGCAGGGCCCUCUUCCCACCAGAACCCAAGGUACUGGCUGAUAUAUGUCAGAGCGGUUAUAAGGAUGCUCUACGCUUCCUUAAAGAAAACAACCUGAUGAUGCAGGAGCAUCCGACCUCGGGCCCCUCUUUGCCAGAGAGUUCGCCCACCUGCUGCUGCACGCAUACAGAAACCACUAAAGAGUGGGUGCUCCGGAGGCUCCGCCUACUACGAAAACAGCAUUGGUGGCUGGAUGAGCAGAUCGUUCUGCCUACGUCCAUCAAGAAAGUGUUCUGUGAGGCCUGCCAAGACAAACCUGGCUUGUAUGCCAAGGUGUCGGAGUUGCUGCCAGUGAGAGUCGCCUCCUACAUGCUCAUGCCAUGCACACUUCCUGUACAGUCGGCCUACUCAGUGGCACAGAGGUUAGUGGAGUGGAUCCCAGAGGUUCCAGCUGAUAUGCGCUGGCUGUUUGGUGUGGCAGGUAACAUGUACCAACAGGCCUGGAAAGGAGCACCAGUCCAAGUCCAUUAGUGAGCCGUGCCUGAGGAAAUGCUUGAGUGUGCCGCCUCUACCUACAGAGUGUGACAAACCCAUGCAGAGAGACAAACUGCCCGCUCUUUCCUCCCUCGACCUCCACGGAAGCUACUGGGAGAUCCCCAAAUCUACCUCCUCCUUCUCCUCCUCCUCGCCACAACAUUCUCACAUCGUCCCCUCCUCCCCGCAACAAGUCUGCUUCUUUGUCGGCUCAGAGGACGAACCUCACAGCCAUGCACAGCAGUAAAAUUAUUCAGCACCUGCACUUUGACUUUUACAGAUCUCCAGGCCUCCAUAUAAUGACUUUAAGGUGACAAGAAGCACCUUCUGGCAGCCAUAUUGGAAGUCUGCCGGCCUCAUUUUUUAAAAGUGUAAUCUUGCCAGAAAUGGAAAAUCUAAUUUUUUCAUGAAUCUGACGAGUUUUGUUUUUGACAGUAUUCUAUCAGUGGCUCUGGCUACAGCUGGAGCUCGGACCUUCUGACUACUUUUGUGAGACAAUUGUUAUCAUAACCGAGGGAAAUGAUGCCAAAGCUACAAACAGUUGUAAUAAACUUAAGUGUCCUUUUACUGAGAUGAUGUCAAGGACUCGACAGUUGUCGACUGCCUCACAGAACUCUAAAUGUUGAGUAAAUUAAGUCAGUUUACUCCCUAAUAAAAUUGCUGACCUAGCCCAUUUUCUUUGUGUAAAGCCAGAAACUGUUCUCCACAAUGGUGUCAGAUGUUGACACAACCUAGAGGUAAUUGGUUUUACUUAAUUUGCCAAAAUGAAACACCAAUGCUGACUGUGCUGGUCAAGAGAUUCAAUGUGGUCUGACCUUCAAGCGAAUCUGUAAAAUAAUAUUCUCUUUAGAUUAAACAAUUUCAAUGAUU